CAAAAAUGUUACCUGAGCCGCAGGAGCUGCUGUGAUUGGCUGUGCGCACUGUCAGUCACCCGAAUGCAGCCCGCCCUAACCCAUAUUUAGGGGGCAUUGCUCUCUCAGGUCGCUGUCGGAUUUCGAUGCAAAUACAAACCAGGCUGCUCAGUUUCCCUGUUUCAUUUUAGAGAUAUUAGAAAAGAGAUAUAGUUCGAGGAAAUGAAAGUGUUGGCAAUGGAGAGGAGGAUUUCUACAUUGAUUCUGCUGUGUAUGGUGAUGUCAGGUGUUGCUGCCCUCAACGUGGUCAUCCCGCAGAAGACAUAUGAACAUCUCAGCGGUGACAACAUCACACUGCCCUGCACCUUUACCACCAAACAGGGCUCGCCCCCCAGGUUAGCCAUCAUCUCAUGGACUAGUCAAGGUACAGAAGCUGGCGCUAAAGAGACUUUGAUCCUCGUGUAUUAUUCCACUGGUCCUGUUAUUGACAUCAAAAGGAUGUAUAAAGGAAGAGUGGACCUGGAUGUAGAUCUUGCCACGGGAAAAGCCAACCUGAAACUGUCCCAGAUCACACAGCAAGACAACAAGCUUUAUGAGUGUCGUGUUCAGAUCCCUAUGGACGAUGAGGGCAAGACAGCCGACACUACCCGCCUGGUGGUUCUGGAUGCUCCAUCCGAGCCCAUCUGUGAGCUCCAGGGAACGGCAGAGUAUGGCCAGGACAUCAAGCUGACCUGCAGGUCUGAGGAAGGUUUCCCACCACCCGUUUAUAUGUGGCAGAGUAAAGAUGUGUGGAACAGGCCUCGUGUACCAGCACCCGGCACCACCGACAAAGGAGGCAUCUUGUCUCUCUACAACAUCUCCAAAGAGACAUCAGGAUAUUACAUCUGCAUCUCAAGGAACAAGAUCCGCUCUGCUUCCUGCAGCAUCGCCCUCACAGUCAGACCACCUUCCAUGAACAUUGGCUCCACUGGAGUCAUUGUUGGAGCGAUUGGUGGGGCCAUCGGCUGGGUCCUCAACGCUCUGGGCGAUGGGGCGUAGAUUCAUUUUUUAAAUCACAACCAAAGAACAAUGCUGUUC